CUUGAUAUAUUAUUAUUAUUUCUAGAAUUCUAAGAAUGACUUUAGAUCGCAAACUCUCAAACACAACUCAAGCAGAUCUUCUGAGUGCUUUCAGAUUAUUUGACGGGGACAAGGACAACAGAGUUAAUGCUGGGGAGGUGCUAGCUCUCAUAGAGUCCUUUGGAGGACAGAAGGAUUGCCCACAAGUUCAGAAUCUAGUGAGAGCCUGUGAGCAGAACAAGGAUGGAAGUCUUGAUUUGGAAGAGUUUCUUCAGCAAUGGAGAAUAUUUUGUAGAUCCAAUAUGGCGGAUGAGGAACCAGAAGAAGAGAUUCUCGAAGCAUUUCGAGGCUACGACCUUGAUCAAGACGGGUUUAUCACCAGGGAUGAGAUGGUUGAAGUAUUGAAGAGGAUGGGAACAAUUAGAAACUCAGAGCUUGAAGCAGAGAAAUGUAUUCAGGAAAUGGAUCUGGAUAAAGAUGGAAAAGUCAGUUUUGUAGAAUUUUUGAUAAAAUGGAGAGUUUCGUAAAAUUGUAUAAUUAUUAAAGCUAAAGUGCCCGGCGUUGCCCAGUUUAAUCAUUGUUACUACCGUCAUUUACCCGCGAUUGGUCUUAAAUUACGAUUUUAUCUAUACAAGUCGACCCACUAAAUUAAGAAUAUCAAAACCAAGCUUAGAACAUUUCCGUGGUUCUCUCGAGUUCCCCAAUCAAAGAAUGAGACAUAAUUGAGUAAAAAAUGUUUAAUUUUCUUAAAGAAAUCCUUUGACUAUAGCUUAUAUCAUUUAGCAUGGAAGCCUAGUAUUAUUCCUGACAUUAGUUUUGCCAUGAAAUAAAAUCCUGAGAUUAACAAGAAAAUGUUCAGAAUUUAAUAAUAAAAACAUAUUUAACCUUAACCUGAGUCAAAGUACAAUUUGUGAAGAAAAAAGUGCAGUGUAAAUUAUUAAAAUAUAUAGAUAUAAUAACAAAUUACAAAACUACAUGUUUCUAUAUAUUCAGUCAAUAAAGCAUAGAAAUUUUAAA